UCGCCACCUUCUGGAAGGAAGGAGGUCGGCUGUUAGGAGCUGCUAUGGUGCUGAAUCCCCUGGCAGAGCCGACCGAGCCGAGGUGGUCGUGGCCAUGAAGGCGGGCGCCACCUCCAUGUGGGCUUCGUGCUGUGGGCUGCUGAAUGAAGUCAUGGGGAGCGGAGCUGUCAGGGGCCAGCAGUCAGGAUUUGCGGGGGGCACCGGCCCCUUCCGGUUCACACCCAGCGCGGACUUCCCUGCCUACCCGCCCGCAGCCGCGGAGGGGCCCAACAUAGUGUGCAAAGCCUGCGGACUUUCAUUUUCAGUCUUCAGAAAGAAGCAUGUGUGUUGUGACUGCAAGAAGGAUUUCUGCUCUGUUUGCUCCGUCUUACAAGAAAACCUCCACCGCCGGUGUUGCACCUGUCACCUCCUGCGAGAGACAGCCUUCCAGCGGCCGCAGCUGAUGCGGCUGAAGGUGAAGGACCUGCGGCAGUACCUCAUCCUCCGAAACAUCCCCAUCGACACGUGCCGGGAGAAGGCAGACUUGGUGGAUCUAGUGCUGUGCCAUCAGGGCUUGGGCUCUGAGGACGAGCUGGACACGGGCAGCCUAAACUCCUCCCGCUCACAGACUUCUAGCUUUUUUACACAGUCAUUUUUAUCAAACUAUACGGACCGCUCUGCUACCGUUUCUUCCUUCCCAGGAGCGCUCAUGGAUGGUGAGCAGACCUCCAGAUCUGAGCUGCUGGCACAGGGACACAGUGACGCAGCCUCAGCAAACACAGGAGAUGACGACAACGAUGAAGAUGAAGAUGAAGAUGAAGAUGACGACGUGGAGGAGCAGACCCCCGGGCUCUCUGUGAAGAAAGUGAGGGCAUCGCUGUCGGACCUGUCAAGUCUGGACGGGGUGGAAGGGAUGAGCGUGCGUCAGCUGAAGGAAAUCCUGGCUCGGAAUUUUGUCAACUAUUCAGGCUGUUGUGAAAAAUGGGAGCUGGUGGAGAAAGUAAACCGGCUGUACAGAGAGAAUGAGGAAAACCAAAAGUCAUAUGAGGAGCGGCUGCAGCUGCAGGAUGAGGACGAUGACAGCCUGUGUCGGAUCUGCAUGGACGCCGUCAUCGACUGCGUGCUGCUGGAGUGCGGCCACAUGGUCACCUGCACACGCUGUGGCAAGCGCAUGAGUGAGUGCCCCAUCUGCCGGCAGUACGUGGUGCGGGCUGUGCAUGUGUUCAAGUCCUGAACGCCCUGCUCUCCUACCGUGGCGCCUGGCCCGAACCCUUGAGUGCAUAGGAGGAACUGGAAAUAACACUGCUCAAAGGCUAUUUUUUCACGAUUUUCAUUACUGGUGGGGACAGAGAGGCUCCUGGUGGGUGUGGGCUGUGGCCGGCGCUCCCUCGGCUGGGCCUUACCGGUCCCCAGGGCGCACUGGUGGCUGUGGUCAUGGCGUUGGUGUUGGCGCUGUGCUGUGGAGGUCUCGCCCUGCGCUCUUCCUCUCCAGCCUGUUUGAAGAAGCGUCUGUUCUUUGGUGAGGUGAGCGCACAGCUCACAGGAGCCGACCCCUCUCGUUCUUUUAGUCAAGUAUAUCUUAAUAAUGCUCACAUUUGAUGAAUGUACGUUUGCACAUUGUUGCUGUGUCCGCAUUUAAACAUCACUGGGGCAACCGACAUUCUGUAGUCCACUUGCCAGGGCCUUAGACUAAACAUGGCCAUUUUCGUUCAGCUUCAGCUUUUUAUAGCAAGGGCUGCUUCUAGCUUCUUACAUUAGAAGUGUGCGUGCUAAAUUCUUUAUUAAUGUGCAGUCCAUUUCCACUGUUUUGUAUAGUGAAGGUGUAUUUUUAGUGCUGCUAGCUAAUUUCAACUUUAGGAAUAAAAUUAGAUUAAAAAGA